AUGGAGGCCAUCCUUUACGGAUUUUCGUUUCUGAUGUUCAUGCUUACCAUGUGGAUUCUUCUUCGAAAUCGACAGAGACGGCGCGUGAACUAUCUUAUGAUAAUCUCAGCCUGCACACUGCAAACUUUGGCUACAAUGGAGCUCAUAGUGAACAUUAUUCGCAUCUGUCAAGCCUUUCUCAGUAUUGGCCCCUUCUUACCUCGUGGACCAGAGCAAUUCUUUCAGGACGUGACACAGACAACCUGGAUCGCCAUGAGUUGGCUAUACAAUAUUCAGACACUAAUUCUGGAUGGUGUUAUCUAUCGGACGUACGUUGUCUGGAAGAAUUUUUACAUCAUUAUUGUUCCAGCCCUAGGGUGGCUUGCCUUGGUCGUGACGUGUAUUUGCCUAAACGUCGCAUUCGCUAAUGCUGUGGAACAUAAAAACAAUAUGUUUGCUAGACCGACAGGUCAAUGGAUCACCGUUUGGUACGCAUUGACGCUAGCUACAAAUCUCUCUGCAACAGCCCUCCUCGCAUUUCGUAUUUGGCGAGUAAAUCGCAAAGCUUCCGGAUACAGGUCCCAGGGUCGCCUAGCGUCGGUCCUCCGCAUUGUCAUUGAAUCUGGGGCAAUAUACUCCAUGACCAUCACAGCAGCAUUGAUCACAUUCGCUACCGCAUCUCCGGGAGUCUACGUCCUCUUGUAUAUGAUCUCGCCUAUAAUAUCAAUCGUCUUCAACAUGAUCAUUGUCAGAGUCGGAUUUGCGUCCGACAGUCGCUUACCAGCUAUCAGCACUACUGUACAGCAAGGUAUGAGGCUCGAGCCUUCCAGUCAAGAAAAUCAUAGUGGAUACGAGCUGAAAUCUCUCGAAGUCGAGAUAACACAAUACAUCGAGACGGAUGCAGAUGCGUCAUCCAUGGCUGAAACGGAGAGGAACAGGGUAGAAGUCUAA